AUGGAGGCCGAGGCACCGACGUACGAGGGAGAUGCGCAGAAGACGGGGACGAGUGCCAGCACGCCGGUCAACGGAAACACCACGCGAGUGGGCGAGGGGCGAAAAGACUCGGUCGAUCUCUACUACGAACUGCACGGUCGUGGACCCCACAAGGUCCUCCUCGUAAUGGGUUUUGCCACGUCAUGCAAGGCCUGGAUGCCCAACGUAAAAGAGCUGGUAGCGGAGCACGGCGAUGAGUUCGAGGUGUGCAUCUUCGACAAUCGAGGCUGUGGCCGCUCGUCGUGCCCCGACUCCAAGUUCAGCACGUCGAUUAUGGCCAGCGACGCGCUGGAUCUGUUGGAUCACCUGAAGUGGGACAAGGUGCACCUGGUGGGCAUCUCCAUGGGCGGAAUGAUCUCGCAAGAGCUCUCGCUCCUGCUCCUGCCGCAGGAGCGCCUGGCCUCGCUCGUUCUCGCCGUCACCCACGCCGGUGGCCUCUAUGCCACGGCACCGAUGGCCGGCGUCCUUGGCAUGAUGACCAGCAUCUUCAAGAAGACCGCCGAUGAGAAGGCCGACAUCUUGAUGAAGUUGAUCUACUCCCCCAAGUUCUUGACGGAGCCGUGCAAAUACGACUCGUCCAAGACGUGGGAGGAGUACUGCAAACAGACCUACAUCGAGCGCGUGAGGUCCGAGCCGCAGAUGACCCCGAAGGCGCUCGCGGGUCACAUCCGCUGCGUGACCACCCACCACGUCAGUUCCAAACGGCUCCGCCUACUGCGCGAGGCGCAGGUGCCCAUCGUAAUCGUAACUGGUACCAUUGAUGCGUUGGUGCGCCCCAAGAACAGUUACCUUCUCGCCCAAGAGCUCAAUCCGGUCGAGUUUCAUGUGUGGGAAGGGGCCGGGCACGCGGUGAACAUGGAGUGCCUGGAUCGCUUCAACGAGGUGAUUAUACGCAACUUCAGGCGCGCGGUCGAGGGAUCGGGCCAGCGAUCACCCGCCGAGGAGGAGGCGGCCGAUUCGUUAGGGUCACCCUCCUCAGCAUCGAAGCCCGAACAGGAAGUCGCAACGGAGACGACGGAGCAACAACAAGAAGACGACCGCCCCAAGGAGGAAGACCGAGAAGCCGCCGUUGCCGCGGAAGUCGCUCUGUAG